AUGGCGUCGACUGAUGAGUGGACGACAGUCACAAAGAGCUCCAGACGAUGUAUGCGGAACAGAAAGCGCGAGUAUAGGUCUAGUCAUUCAAAGGCUGCUGAGCGACAACAAUUCGACCAGGAUAACUUGUCACUGGACGACAUCGCUGGAUCCUUGCAAAGCUGUUUGCACGAAGUGAGGAUAUCUGGCUUCUUUCAAGCAUUUAGAGAUUCCUUAAGUAGUACCAUCGCGUCAUCUAAAGAACCGAUUGUGGAAAUUGUGUGUUAUGGCGUUGGCAACUUUGGUGCCUCAAAGGGCUGCGCUCCCAUGUUUCAGCUGGCUUUUACCAUUGCGGUCCGAGAAAUCCUGUCUCCCGCUGCAUCAAUGUACUUUUAUGAUCCGUGCAUGACACAACAAGAGUCCAUCGUAUUGGAGCGGAAUUCGAUACAAGUAAUUGCCAAGAACGAGCGGGGCCGGCGACGAGUUCAACACAAGACGCUCUUCUUAAUGCCACAUUGCCCACUAACAUUAUACAGCAAUCUGAUACGCACGAACUGGGAUCAGCUGAAUGAUGUCAUUAUCUUCGGGAAUUUACUUUCGGCCUAUACGAGUCGAUUGGGGGAAGUAAAAUCAUGUGUGAAGCUUCUGAAACAGGUAGAACCACUUUGGGAUGAGUCAAUGCUCCCAAUCAGCAAGCAAGAUCUCUCGGAUCGAUCAGGUCAGUUUGAGCAGGCGUUUAAUGAUUCGAGUUUGACCCAUUUUCAGACGACCAGGUUCCAAGAUAUCUUUCAACAGCCACCACCUAGUCUGGACGAAAAGGACGAUGGUGGAGAAACCAUAUAG